AUGCUCCAAGCGGCGUCCGCUUCUCCAGCCGCCGCUUACGCCGCUGCGUUAGCGGCUGGAAGGACGACGAAAAAGAAGAAACUUUACAGAGGAGUAAGACAGAGACAUUGGGGAAAAUGGGUUGCGGAAAUAAGAUUGCCACAAAACAGAAUGAGAGUUUGGUUAGGUACUUACGACACGGCGGAAGCCGCCGCUUACGCUUACGAUCGUGCCGCUUAUAAGCUCCGUGGCGAAUACGCUCGUCUCAACUUCCCUAAUCUCAAAGACCCGAGUGAGUUGCUCGGACUCGGAGAUUCCUCGAAGCUAAUUGAUCUCAAGAACGCAGUCGACGGGAAGAUCCAAUCGAUUUGUCUGAAAGUUAGAAGAGAAAGAGCGAAAAAGAGCGGGAAAGUGAGCAAGAACUCGACGGCGGAUUCUUCGUAUACGUCGUCGCCGGAGAUUCUGUCUUCUCCGGCGGUAACGGCGACGACUAUGGUUAGUUCAGAGGAGAGUUAUUGGAAUUCGCAAAUGGGUUUUGGAGAUGGAUGCGAGACUAGUAGUUCUCCGGCGUCGGUUUUGGUUUCCGAUGAAGCUCCGGCGACGAUGACGGCGGAGGAAGACAUGAUGGGAGUGGACACUGAUGGGUUUUUACUUGCGAGGAUGCCAUCGUUCGAUCCAGAGCUUAUUUGGGAAGUUCUUGCAAAUUAA